AAUACAAGAAACACACACCAAAGCACUACUAUAUACUAUUAUUAGAUAAUAUAUACGAGGAUGAGAAUGCUAGCGUUCUUCAUUGUAGCGAGUCUAGUGGCAAACGCCUAUGGUGAGUCAUAUUAUCCUCUGAUAACGAACCAAAUUCACCUCAUCAGGCCCAAAUCCGGGUCCAGUGGAAGCCCUCUGACCGGACUGUCGUGCCUGAGUUGGCGAUUCGGUGUGGAAACGAACAACAUCGUCAACUGGAAAACGGUUCCUUUGACAUGUGAGGACUACGUAGGCCACUACAUGCUGGGCAGUCAGUAUAGGAAAGACUCUAAAACUAUCAACAAGGAGGCUUUUUUCCAUGCUCAGAGCCUCAACCUUUCCAAGAAUGGCAAGGACGCCUGGGUCUUCGACAUAGAUGAGACUACUCUCUCUAACCUCCCUUAUUACGCUGAAAAUGGCUUUGGGUCGGUGCCAUAUAACGCGACGAAGUUUAAUGCAUGGGUUUCGACGGGAAGUGCCCCAGCGUUGCCGGAAAGUCUUAAGUUUUACGGAAAGUUAGUUAAUCUGGGCGUUAAGAUUGUGUUUAUCACUGGCAGAACUGAAGAUCAAAGAGAUGUUACUGAGGCCAAUCUUAAAGCUGUUGGAUACCACACUUGGGAGCGCCUUGUACUCAAGGGAAGUGAUUAUUCAGGGAAAUCAGCAGUAGAGUACAAAUCAGCUCAGAGGAAGAAAGUGGAGGAGGAUGGAUAUAGAAUUAUUGGGAACAUUGGAGACCAAUGGAGUGAUCUGUUGGGCACAAACACAGGCCUUAGGACCUUCAAAUUGCCUGACCCAAUGUACUACAUCGGUUAAUUAAUCCUUCUUAAUUAGUAUCUUAAAUUAAGAUUAUCCCCACUUGCUAAGUAACUUAAAUAAUCCAUUACUGGAUCUGGAUGUUGUGCAAUCCUUUUUUUCUAUCUGUUGAGCAUUUCUACGUUCAAUAUGUAUGGGGAAUAAUGUACGCUUUAAUUACUACAAAAGAAGUGCUCUUCUGUCUUUUCUUUCUUA